AUGUCUAUAAGAACAUCAUCAACGUAUCUCCGCCAACACCUCAUUAGCUCAACAGAUGAGGUAGAGGUGUUGGACCUAACAUCAUCAACGUAUCUCCACCAACACCUCGUUAGCUCAUCAGAUGAGGUAGAGGUGUUGGAAUUAACAUCAUCAACGUAUCUCCGCCAACACCUCGUUAGCUCAUCAGAUGAGGUAGAGGUGUUGGACUUAACAUCAUCAACGUAUCUCCGCCAACACCUCGUUAGCUCAUCAGAUGAGGUAGAGGUGUUGGACUUAACGUCAUCAACGUAUCUCCACCAACACCUCGUUAGCUCAUCAGAUGAGGUAGAGGUGUUGUGCUUAACGUCAUCAACGUAUCUCCACCAACACCUCGUUAGCUCAUCAGAUGAGGUAGAGGUGUUGGACUUAACAUCAUCAACGUAUCUCCACCAACAUCUCGUUAGCUCAUCAGAUGAGGUAGAGGUGUUGGACUUAACGUCAUCAACGUAUCUCCACCAACACCUCGUUAGCUCAUCAGAUGAGGUAGAGGUGUUGGACUUAACAUCAUCAACGUAUCUCCACCAACAUCUCGUUAGCUCAUCAGAUGAGGUAGAGGUGUUGGACUUUACGUCAUCAACGUAUCUCCACCAACACCUCGUUAGCUCAUCAGAUGAGGUAGAGGUGUUGUGCUUAACGUCAUCAACGUAUCUCCACCAACACCUCGUUAGCUCAUCAGAUGAGGUAGAGGUGUUGUGCUUAUCAUCAUCAAUGUAUCUCCACCAACACCUCGUUAGCUCAUCAGAUGUGGUAGGGGUGUUGGACUUAACAUCAUCAACGUAUCUUCACCAACACCUCGUUAGCUCAUCAGAUGAGGUAGAGGUGUUGGACUUAACGUCAUCAACGUAUCUCCACCAACACCUCGUUAGCUCAUCAGAUGAGGUAGAGGUGUUGGACUUAACAUCAUCAACGUAUCUCCACCAACACCUCGUUAGCUCAUCAGAUGAGGUAGAGGUGUUGUGCUUAUCGUCAUCAACGUAUCUCCACCAACACCUCGUUAGCUCAUCAGGUGGAAGUUGUAUCCAGAGUUCCUCGGAGGGACAUCUUGGUGUAUAUUCAGAAUAUUAUGCACAAGGUCAUGGCGUCACGCAGGAUUCUUCAAGAGAAAACCAUUUUACUGGAAAUAUCUAUCAGAGACUUGACCUUCGAGAUACAUCAUUGGGUCCCUCUCAUCCUCAACAGUCUUUCGGCAAGUCACAUACUGUUACCACAAUAAGACAUCACAGCGUGGAUACAUCCUCAGAUCCAUCUAACCCGGGGAGAUCACUCUCCGGUCAUUUGGACACACAUACAGGUGAUAUUUAUUCAGAAAUCAAUCGUCCUUCUAGAUCAGAAUCAUCUCCUGCUGUAGCUCAAAGCACCCACGCACAGGUGCGUCUUUUCCCAUGUUCACAGUGCGGGAAAAGUUUCACUCGAGGACAACACCUUCUUAGACACCAGAGAAGUCACACGGGGGAGCGUCCUUUUCAGUGUUCAGACUGUGGGAGAAGUUUUACUCAGAAAGGAGACCUUUUUAGACACCAGAAAAUCCACAUGGGUGAGCGCCCUUUUUCCUGUACAGAAUGCGGGAAAUCUUACGUCCAGAAGGUAAACCUUCUUAGACAUCAAAAAAUUCACACGGGGGAACGCCCUUUUUCCUGUCCAGAGUGCGGAAAAUCUUACGUCCAGAAAGUCAACCUUCUAAAACACCAGAAAACGCACACAGACAAACAUCCUUUACCAUGUUUAGAGUGUGGGAAAAGUUUUACUGGGAAAGGGGACCUUCUUAAACACCAGCGAGAUCACGCUGGCGAUCAUCCCUUCUCAUGUUCGGAGUGUGGGAAAUAUUUCAAGGAGAAAGCAAAACUUCUUCGACACCAAAGAAGUCACACAGGUGAGCGCCCUUUUCGGUGUUCAGAGUGCGGGAAAGGCUUCAUUCAGAAAGGAGAUCUUCUCAGACACCAGAAAAUUCACACGGGGGAGCACCCUUUCUCAUGUUUAGAAUGCGGGAAAUCUUAUGUUCAGAAAGGCCACCUUCUUAUACACCAGAGAAGUCACACGGGCGAGCGUCCCUUUUCCUGUCCAGAGUGCGGGAAAAGUUUCGCGGACGUAGGACUCCUGCACAGGCAUCAGAAAAUUCACACAGGGGAGCGGCCUUUUUCCUGUACCGAGUGUGGGAAAUGUUUUAAUCAAAAAGUAAUACUUCUGAGGCACCAGAGGGUUCACAAUCGCAGGAACCACACGGGUGAGCGUCCUUUUUCCUGUCCCGAGUGUGGGAAAAGCUUCACUCGGAAACAAUACCUUCUUAGACAUCAGAAGACUCACACAAAUGAGCGUCCUUUUCAGUGCCCAGAGUGCGGGAAAGGUUUUAUCGAGAAAGGGGACCUUUCUAGGCACCAAAAGAUUCACACGGGGGAACAUCCCUUUUCCUGCCCAGAAUGCGGGAAGUCUUUUAUUCAGAAAGGGGACUUUAACAGACACCUUAGAAUUCACACAGGCGAGCACCUUUUUUCAUGUCCGCGUCCCUUUUCCUGCGCAGAGUGCGGGAGCAGUUUUAAUCAAAAGGGAAGCCUUCUUAGGCACCAGAGGAUUCACAAGGGCGAGCGGCCUUUUCCGUGUUCGGAGUGCGGGAAAUGUUUCUCUCAGAAAUCAGACCUUCGCAAACACCAGAAGAUCCACUGAGCGCGCAUCCUGUUUUGCACUGAAAUCUGACUGCACAUCAAACACC